AUGGCUGCCUGCUAUACAGUCCUCCUCGCGUCCUCCUCUCGCCACUUCCUCGUGCCGCGCUCGCGCCUUGUGCUGGCCGCCGCGCCCGCUGACGACGCUGAGGGCGAGCGUCUUUUCGGCGCCGGCGGCGGCGCGCUCCCGGUCGGCGAGGCGCUCGACGAUGGCGAGCUUCCUGUCGGCGAGGCCGUCGCGGCGGACGACUCUCGUCGCUCGCCUCGUCCGACGCGCCGAAUGUGGCUCGGGCGGAGGCUGUGGGUGCCUAAGCCCGGCGAGCUGCAGACGUCGCGCGACGACCAGACCGAGCUCAUCGUCGUCAACGGUGUCUCACCCAAAGAGCUCCGAGCCCGCCGUGCCGCGCAGCAGCGCGCCAAUGCUGCCACGCUCCGCGAGCGGCUGUGCAGGCUCGGCGUGGCAGGCGCGUCCGUCACGCGGCUGCUCGCGACGCCCGCGGUGCUCGCGGCGACCGCGCCGUCCGCCGACGGCGGCACCUGUCUCGCGUUGCGCCAGCUCGAGACGCUUCUUCACCUGCUGCCGGAGGAGGGUGUGGCGGGUGUCUUGCGUCGGCACGGCCGGCUGCUGCUGAGCCGCGAGAUGGACCUCGCGGCGAGAGUGGAGGCGCUGCAGGCCGCGACGGACCUGCCGGCCCUCCGCCUCGUGUCGCACGAGCCCGGCAUGCUCUCGCUCGACCACACGCACGUGGCCGCACGCUGCGCGGCGCUGAGCGCGGCGCUGGGCGGCGGCGUCGAGGUCGGCCUGGUGCUCCGCCGUGCGCCGCGGCUGCUCUCGCGCUCUCCCGCGCGCGUGCAGCGCACGCUCGCCGCGCUGCGCGACUUGCUUGAGCCGCUCGGCCUCGACGCGCUGCAGCUCGCCCGCCUAGAAGCGGAAUACCUCCCCACACCUCCCCAGAUCUCCCCAGAUCUCCCCAGAUCUCCCCAGAUCUCCCCAGAUCUCGUCCGCCUAGAAGCGGAAUACGCGCUCACCUCGCCGGCGGCGGCGCUCGCGCCCAAGCUGUCGCGGCUGCGAGCGCUCACGACCGAGGCCGAGUGGGCGCAGCUCGCCGCGGGCGGCGGCACCGGCACCCUCGCCCGCACCCUGACUUGCUCGCUCGAGCGGAUCGGCCGGCUGAGCGAGGUGCCGCCGCGCGACGCGGGCGGCGCGGCGCGUUCCCUCUCUGUCCUGCUCAAGCUGCCGCCGCAGCAGUACCGCGAGCAGUUUGGCGACACGGCCGGCGCGAGCCUCGUGGCGGGCGGCAUCGCCAUUUACAUCUUCAAGUCGCGCGGCACGUCGUCGAAAGCGGCCGCGCCCGCCCCGGCGGCGGAGGACUCGUGGAAGGCCGAGGUUGCCGAGUCGCGGCCUUGGGCUCCGGUGCUGUGGGGCUGGGCGAUGAACGCGACCCUGCUCGCCGUGCAGACGUUCAUGGUGACUAGGUACGCCCCCUCGUACUCGCCGUCCACCUACGUUGCCACGCAGCUCGUGACGAUGACGUACUCGUGGGUAGCGACCAACCUGCUGUUUCCCUUAUUUCCGACAGUUGCCGGCCUCCCCUUCUUCCUCGUCGCCUUCCCGCCCGCAUUCGGUAUCUGCGCCGCUCCCUUCUUCGCUGCCUUUGGCAAAGAGUUUGCGAUGAACGCGCCCAUCUGGGUGCUCACUGCAUGGUCGGCGGUGAGACUGAUGUUCGAGAGCAUCGUCCAGAUGCACGCCGCUUACGGGGUCAAGGGCAUCUCCUAUUGGCUCCUCUGGCCGAUCCAAAAGGCCCCCGAGCCAUACACGUACACCUACCCCUUCUUUGGCUGGAAGGUAGCACGCACCCGCGGCGGCAACGUGGACGCCAUGACGAGUCUUUGCGUUUGCUUGCCGGUCGCGCUGGUCUGCGCCAUCGUGAAUGACGACGCCAGCCCUGCUGUCCGGCUCCUCUCCUGGGCCGCCCAAUCGUGGAUAUUCGUCUACCUGUGCUGCCUGGGACCCGUCCCCCAUUUCCUCAUGGGCAUGCCUGGCCCCAACAACAUCUUCGAUGGCGAGGGCGAGCCCAAGCGUGGCACGCAGAUGCAUGCUCUCACGUCGGGCACGCUCGGCGUCUGCUGCUACUGGAUCGCCUCGUACGCCGUCAUCCACUUCAUCGUCUUUGUCCGCAAGAUGACCGGCGUGUGA